AGUGCAUCAUUCAAAAAUUUCAGCUUAAACAGACAACAGCACACUAAACGAGGACGGUUGUAAUUAGACGAUUUUUUUCAUAAAAUACGAAAAAAUAAAAACAAAAUCUUUUUUAAGAUUUUAUAAAGUUUUAAUAAAAAUCUAUAGAAGAAGUAAAAAAUAAGAAUAUUUGAAAAAAAGUAAAUAAAAUGAAAUUAUUCGUCUCGCUGCUAGCGCUUUUGGCAGCUGUCAGUGUCCAUGCUGAUGUCUCACAUUUAGACACUGAUUUGCAAGAAGAUGGUUACCACUAUAAAUUGCCCACAGUGCCAUUUCCCCAACCUCCCUCAGGUAAUGGUAUAGAUGAUGACUACCAACCAGCAGGACAACAACCAUCCGGUCCAUCGCCUGGUUUUGGACCAUCACCAGCUGGACCUCAACCCGGUAGACCUGGUGCCUCGCCCGGUUUUGGACCAUCUCCAGCUGGACCUCAACCUGGUAGACCUGGUACAUCGCCCGGUUUUGGACCAUCUCCACCACAACCUGAUUGCUCACGACCUGGUACUCCUGGCUGUCCACAACCUGACUGCUCAAGACCUGGUACACCCGGCUGUCCACAACCCGAUUGUUCUCGUCCAGGACCACCUCAGCCAGGUUGUCCCGCUCCCGGUCCAGCUCCAAGACCUCAACCUCCAGCACCUAGACCACAACAGCCUGCUCCAAGACCUGGUAAACCCGAUGGCGAAUAUCUACCACCUCAAGAUAAUGAAGUCAGCCCUCCAAGUGGUCCCGGACCACGACCAGGUCCUGGUGUCAAACCUCAACAGCCCUCAUAUCCAGGAUCUCAACCUUCAGGUCCAGGUCAACAACCCUCAUAUCCUAAACCUCAAGGUCCAGCACCAGGCCAACAACCUUCAGGUCCAGGACCACGUCCCGGCCCAGGUCCUAGACCACAACCUCAACAACCCUCAUAUCCCGGAUCUCAAGGUCCAGCUCAACGACCACAGCCAUCUUAUCCAGGACCACAACAACCUCAACCAUCUUACCCUGGUGAAGUGCCCGGCACUGGUGAAGAUUCCGGUUCAUUGGGUCCCGAUGGCUAUAAUUACAACAAACCCAGCAACCCCUUUAAAUAUUAGAAAUGUUUAAUACUCGUAAUCUUAAUAAUUAAAUAAUGAUAGACAUAAAAAAAUAAAGUAUUACCACAAACACAAAAUUAUUUAAACAAAAAAAAUAUAUAUAAAGAAAAUGUUUUUCAACUCAAGUACCUUGACCCCAAGAAAAAGAAUAAAAUUAAAAAAAUGUUAUUUAAGCAAUGCUAUUAAUAAAUUUUUGAUAAUAAAAAUAUAAAAUUAAAAAAAAUAUUAAACAAUUAAA